GGAUGGACAGAUGCUGUGUAUUAUCAGCAGCCCUUAUGCUGCUAUUUGCUGCAUGUGUGACAGGGCAGUAUUAUAGGGAGCAAGAACACAUCUUGGUAGAUAACAAAUGCAAAUGUGUCAAGAUUACCUCAAGAUUUAUCCCAUCAAAAGACAGCCCAGGAGAAGAGAUUUUAGAAAGGAAUAUUGUGAUAACGGUUCCAGUAAAUAGCAGAAUGAAUAUUUCAGACCCUUAUUCAGCAAUCAGAAGAAAUUUUGUUUAUAAUUUGUGGGACAUCUGCCAAAAAUGUGAUCCAGUACAGCUUGAAAUUGGAGGAAUACCAAUUCUAGCAUCUCAGGCCAGCUGUAGUAGAUCGGAUGACGAGUGCUACACCUAUGAUCGCAACAAGUGCUACACUACUGAUGUCAAUUUCAGAUACAAAGAUCAGAUCAUAACGAAGAAAGUACCAUUGAAUCCUGAGUCAUGUUAUGAAUAA